AUGUCGCUGAAUGGCUUAGACGACCCCAAGGUCCAGGAAGCCCACGAGGCCGCCGUCGCCGAACCCGGAGGAUGGUUCCUCCUCAAGUACGCGAGUCGCGAUGAAGUCGAACUGUUGAGCCGUGGCUCGGGCGGUGUUGUCGAGGUGCGCAACAAUGUCGCCCAGUAUGACGAGACAAGUCCCCUAUAUGGCUUCUUGAGGUAUCGGAGGAGAAAUGUCUUGAUCAAGUAUCUUCCAGAGGACUGCUCUCGCCUCAUCCAAGCACGCGUGGCCGUUCAUUUCAACGCCGUUUGCGAGCGAUUCUCCCCUUACGAUACCACCUUCGAGAUUGCCGACGCCAAGGAACUUAAAGAUACCAAGCUAUCGGCUGCAUGCUCCCUGCAUGCCGCCUCAGGGUCUAACUCGUCGUCCUCGAGUUCGCUGCGCAGGAGACGCCUAAUGGAGAUUGCGGAGGAGGAAGAGGAGGAGCAGCAGCAACGGGCAAACAAGCGCCAGUCGCUCGGUGCGGACCAGGAUGACGAACGCCCCCAAACGGCCAAAUCAACCCAGGAGCCCGUGACGCUCAACUCGGACCUAGCUGCGUCUCCUGAGGCCAGCAAUUUCACGGCUGCCUCAACCUCUGAGGUACCCAAUUUCGUUGGCGCGGAUGACAGGCCCGUUUCCCCUUCACAAUCGAUGGAUGGACCGGGACGAAUGUCAUCACAAUCAAGCCGGCCUGAAUUGUUUUCCUAUUCAACAUACACAUACGGCAAACCAAAGGUGAAGCUAGGCCCGCGCCCGUCGCUGGAGACGGGCAACAGGCCUCAGACUGCUGGAGGAUUUCGACCAGUUUCUCAGAUUCCCUCCGGACUUAAACUAUUCGGCAAGGGCUCCAAGAGGAACAAGAGCAAGGACGAAACCGCCAAUGCCGAAGAGCUCCUCGCUGUGACCGAGAACGACACAUCUGUUUCGGAGGAGCCGCAGAUUGCUCAUACAGAACUUACCCGACCUGCUACGAGCUCUGGAGUUUCUGCUCCCAACUCGCCCAUGAUGCCGCCACCACUGCCCUCAAAGCCUACUAUUUCGCCUGAGAAGGCGAGACUUAUGAAGGCUAUGAAGCUUAGAGAGAAGAAGAAGAAGAACCUGGCCAUCAAGGCGGCGAACACCUCUGAUUCUCCCGUCACUUCUCCCGUUACCAGCGAGGACGGACCCUUGGAGGAGAGGCUCGAGGAGAACCAGGCACACACUGAGGACGAGAACAUCAACGAGAUCGAGUCGGAUCUACCAUCCAUUUCCAACGCGGACUCUGGCAUUGGCCUCAACGCCUCCUCGGCAUCCAUGAACACGGACCAGGCGUCCGACCUUACGCAGACUGACUCUCACCCCGACAGCCCAGUCAUUGCAUCCUCAGAACCCGAAAUAUCUACAAAAGCAUCUUCGCUAUCCGAGUCCACCGAUGAAACUCUGCACCCCAAGAGUGACGAUGCGCCCGACGAUGACGAGAAGGCCAUUGAUGAUGAAGUGGCUGCAGAAGACGAUGCACCCAAAGAACCAGCUGCCGCCACACAAUUACAGCCUGCUAACACCAGCAUUCCAGACCGGCAGACGGCAUCGUUGGUGAACAGUGGCAAACCCGAGACAAGCAAAAUUCCAGACACGCUCGACAUAAAUGCCACGCCCAAUGUCAACAACAAGGACGAUGAACCCCUCUCUCCCUCAUCCGCCGCCCUCAAGAUCCCCAAGUCCAAGUUCUCGACCCAAGACCUGAGAUCUACAAACACCGCCCCCGCCCCUGAACAGAACGCCCGCGAAAGCAGUCCCGUCAUCGUCACCGAGGACGUUGAGGAGGAGGCUGAUACCCAAGACGUCGCCCCAGAAACAACCAAGGUGCCUGAGACAAAGCAGCCGAAGCGCAAGGCCGCCAAUAUCGAGCCCAUCCGCACCGACUUUUUCACCGAUACCAGCCGACCGGAGUCUCAAACAGGUCACCUGUCGGACGACGAAUCGUUGAUGGAGGAACUGCAGAGCGCCACCCUCCAGGAGGCAAAGCCCAUGCUGGUCGCCAAGAGCCCUGUUACUCCCGUCUUCCCAAGCCCGACCAAGGGCGAUCGGUCGCCUCACAUCAUCAGGACUGUUUCGAACCCGGUCCGUGGGAACUUCCUCGCCCCUGGCGAUGUGACCCAGAGCUCUGUUCGGUCAGCGAGCUCGGGAGCGGCAUACCUUCAUAAGGUUGCCCAGCAGCCCGUUGGACCAAACCUAUCCAAGAAGUCCAAUGUGGGAUCAAGUAUUUCUCAGCGCAUCAAGGCCCUGGAGAAGCUCUCAGCUCACUCUGGUGAGGCCAACCCCGUCGUUGCUAGCCGGGAGCGGCCCUCGUCGGCCUUCUUUUCUGUGAGGAGGAGCCGAGAACCUUCACGCUCGCCGUCGGUAGCGGACCGAGCCAACUCGUUCAACCGCCAGAACCUCCGAACACCGCCCUCGAGAUCCGGCGACCGUGAGGAGUCCCCAGAGAGGACGAGACGGACACGCCGGGAGCGGUCCAACUCGGUUGCUAGCCGGUUGUCCAUGUUCGAGCCGGUGGUAACGGAGAGUGGUGGUUCCCCAGGAAGCACGAGGGGCCCAGAGUCUAUCUCAGUGACUGCUAAGAUCGUCCGAGAUCCGAGUCAGAACACGGCCAAGGCCAUGGAGCCACCCAAGGACCCGUCUGAGUACAACCCCGUGGAGCUUAAGCAGUCUCCUCUCUUAGUUGACCACCAAAAGUCGGCCCCCGUCUGGACACCUGCGGCCCUUGAGAUGCCUAAGGAGACCCUCUUGGAGCGGCGCAUGUCCAAGGAGGGACGGAGGUCUGAGUCGCGGAACCGCAGCAAGGAUAGCAAGUCCCGACGAUCCUCUCUUACUGUCGUCAAGGACUUUAUCAACGACCGUCGAAAGUCGCUGACCUCGCCCUCGAGCGAUGCUCUUCCCGGUUCGGCUGCUUCUCGCUCACCCACCCGACCCCCAUCGACACACCACAAGCGACUGUCCAUCAGCAGCCGUCGAUCGUCUUUCAGCCGGGACAGGGAGAACGUGCUGUCGCCCUCGGCCACGACCGAGAGCUCCGCUUCAGGCGACGAGACCAAGUCCAACAGUGACAAGUCCAAGUCUCGCGCUGCUCGCUUCAUGCGCCGACUCUCAUCCCUCUCCAGUUCGCGCGGCAAGACCACCCCCCCUACCGUCCUCUCCCCUACUGUCCAGGAGGAGGUGCCCGAGCCUCCCCGGCCAGCAACCACUGGCCCACCAUCGAUCGUCUCGUACAUGGGCGACGUCAACGUGCAGUUCCCUGACAACCUCCUCUGGAAGCGACGCAACAUGUGCCUUGACUCCCAGGGUUUCCUCAUCCUGAGCGCCCUCCCUGGCCAAAGUGGCCGCGCUGCUCAGGGUACCAAGCGCUACCACCUGAGCGAGUUCCGAACCCCCUACAUCCCCGAUGUUGAGGUGCAGGAGCUGCCUCACAGCGUUGUUCUUGACCUUAUUGAGGGAAGCGGCGUGCAGCUUGCCUGUAUGGACCGCGCCGGACAGGUCAAGGUCCUCGACAUUCUGCGGGACGCUCACGCUAGCCAUGCCGUCACCUUUGGACUAUAA